UUUGACGGGAAGAGCUAUAACGGGACAGAAGCAUCAUAUAUACAUACAGUCAUUGGACAGACGAUAGCAAGAAUAACACGGCUGUACUUUGAGAGCAAAACAAGUAUUGUUGCAACGCAUCUAUCUAUACAUUUGCAUUCUGCAUUAGUUCAUUCUGUCAAAUUGCAUAUGAGGAAGAAAAACAUGUUCUACACGUGUGGUCCAAAUGAGGCUAUGGUGGUGUCAGGGUUCCUCCGGUCUCCUCCAGUAAUGAUUGCUGGAGGCAGAGUGUUUGUGCUUCCCUGUGUUCAGCAGAUCCAGAGGAUCUCCCUGAACACUCUGACGCUGAACGUGAAGAGUGAUAAAGUCUACACCCGCCAUGGGGUUCCCAUCUCGGUCACUGGUAUUGCCCAGAUGAAGAUCCAGGGGCAGAACAAGCAGAUGCUGGCCGCAGCCUGUCAGAUGUUCAUGGGGAAGUCGGAGGGCGAGAUCGCCCAAAUCUCCCUGGAGACGCUGGAGGGCCACCAGAGGGCCAUCAUCGCCCACCUGACUGUGGAGGAGAUCUAUAGGGACCGUAAGAAGUUCUCAGAUGAGGUGUUCAAGGUGGCCUCGUCCGACCUGGUCAACAUGGGCAUCAGCGUGGUCAGCUACACGCUCAAAGAUGUUCACGACGACCAGGACUACCUCCACUCCCUGGGGAAGUCCAGGACCGCCCAAGUGCAGAAAGACGCCCGCAUCGGAGAGGCCCAGUUCAAGAGGGAUGCUGUGAUAAGGGAGGCCCAUGCCAUGCAGGAGAAGAUCUCAGCCCAGUAUGUCAAUGACAUCCAGAUGGCCAAGGCUCAGAGGGACUAUGAACUGAAGAAAGCAUCCUAUGACAUCGAGGUCAACACCAAAAAGGCAGAGUCUGAGAUGGCCUACCAGCUACAGGUGGCCAAGACCAAGCAACGCAUCGAGGAAGAGAAGAUGCAGGUCCAGGUGGUGGAGCGCUCUCAGCAGAUCAUGCUCCAGGCCCAGGAGAUCACCCGCAGGGAGAAGGAGCUGGAGGCCAAGGUCAAGAAGCCUGCUGAGGCCGAGAGAUACCGCAUGGAGAAGCUGGCCGAGGCUCAGCGUGCACAGCUCAUUAUGGAGGCUGAGGCUGAGGCAGAGUCCAUUAGGAUGAAGGGUGAUGCGGAGGCCUUUGCUGUGGAGGCGAAAGGGAGAGCCGAGGCAGAGCAGAUGGCCAAGAAGGCCGAAGCCUUCCAGCAGUACAAGGAGGGAGCCAUGGUAGACAUGCUGCUGGGGCAACUACCACUGAUGGCGGAAGAGAUCAGCAGGCCUCUGGCGCAGGCUCAGAAGAUCACCAUGGUUUCCAGCGGGGACGCCGAGGUGGGCGCGGCCAAGCUCACAGGGGAGGUGCUAGACAUCAUGACCCGCCUUCCAGCGACAGUGGAGAAACUGACGGGAGUCAACAUCUCACAGGUGACAACUCGUAUGGGCUGAGGAGAGGCUCCGGUGCUCAGGCAGACCUAUUUCACACCCCUGCCUACUAUCACAGCCUUACCCUUUCUCCUCAAGUAUGUUAUACCAAAAACAUACAGUGCCCUCCGUAAUUAUUGGGACAGUGAAUAAUUUUUUCUUCAUUUGGCUCUAUACUCCAAAAGGUUGCAUUUGAAAUCAGACUGUCAGCAUUAAUUUGAGGGUAUUUUCAUCCAUAUCGGGUGAAGCGUUUAGAAAUUACAGCACUUUCUGU